UUCAACUCUAGGACGUUAUUGUCAAGGGGCGCCAAUCGAGCUGAAAGAGGUCUUCUCUCAGCUAGUCCUGUUAGGCCGCCACACAGCCUGACAGUGACUGUUGGCUGCCAUUGCACUGGUGUGCUACAAUUGUGUCACUGCUUUUGAUCUAAAAGAAAGAAUACUUGUAUUAUAAAGUACCUUGGAACAAGUGUAAGGAGGAAGGUUCAAGCAUGCCUCCAGGACACAGGCGCAACCGCCCACAUAAUGAGGGCUGGCAGGGCCGGCUACUCAACAGGACGCUAGGCGGAGCUGGGGUUGGCAUGCUAGGGGGCUCUUUGGUAGCUCUCUACAAGGGCCGGCCAGUCUCCACCUACACGCUGACCGUGGGGCUUAAUGCAGCAAUUGCCACAGCGUGCUGUUGCGGGGCCACCGAAGCUGUGCGAGAAGUGCGUCAUGGGAUGGACGGAUGGCAGAACGCACUUGUGGGGUCUGCAAUCAGCGGAGCCUUUCUGGGGCGCUUCUGGGGUGGCCCGAGCCGAGUCCUGCCGUUUGCAUUUUCCUUUGGAGUUCUUGGAGUAGCUGCCUCGUUCGCUUCAGACCAGUUGCACGAAUACAAGAUAAGGAGAGCACUCGUCAAUUUAGAGACAGAGGAGACAGAAUCGGGAAAAGCUUUACAUUGUCUGGACGACCGUCAGGAUGGAUCGGAACGUAGAAAAGAGGAGGAAAGUGCGCCUUCCAUGUGGGACUGGCUGCCGGUGCGGCGAGCAUCAGAGGACGAAAUCAGGAGGCGUGAAAACAAAGUGGAGGAGUCUCUUGCUUCGCAAAAACAACGGGAAAACAACGGGCAUUGAUUGCAUCAAAUCCAAUCUCCAGUUACUGUCACUCAAUGCCAGACUUAUGUUGGAUGCUGAUUGAAUGAUGCUCAGUAGGUAGUCA